UAAUAAGCGAUGUACUUCCUUUUUUUCUUAGCUCUGAGAAGCUGCCAGACUGGGUGAGAAUCAAGGGCUUUUCGUUUUGUGGGAACCCUUGCUGAAUCCUGCUGGAGAGCGUUUCUCAGAUUGUUCCUGGUAUCUCAGUGCCAUGGAAACCAGGUGCCUGCUCCUGCUCUCAGGUCUCAGUGUCCUGCUGGCUCUGUCAGGCUCAGAAGUGAAGAAUUCUGGAGCUUCCUGUCUUCCAUGCCCUGAGCAUGCAAGCUGCUCCAACAGCACCCACUGUGCUUGUAAAGAUGGGUUUCAGUCCGUGUCUGGGAGGAGGUACUUCCCCGAUCUGAGUGAGACAUGUGAAGAUAUUGAUGAGUGUAACGCCGGGCUGGCAAAGUGCAAGCUGCAAUCAUAUUGCGUAAAUGACAUCGGAAGAUACUACUGCGUCUGUGUCUCAAAUAUUCCUGUCAUCAACUGGCUGGCUAGUUUGUUUAAAUUGAAUCGUUCAGAGUGCUACGAGAACACUGGUGAGCAGACACAGAUUUGGAUAACUCUAAAGAACAAUGGAAGCAAAGAGUACAUUGCAAAAAAGGCUACCCAACUACUUCAAAGCUUGGAGUCAAGCAUUUUGAAUGAGAGUUUUGUUUCUCCAGGAAAGCGUGAAGAUCCUGUGCUUGAUAUAGUCUAUGAAACCAAGAAGUGCGACAAGACAAGUGAGAAGACUGUUCUGGAAGCUGGAAAUAACACAAUGGAUUUGAACUGCACUGAUGCUUUCAAAGGAAACACAGGAGAUAAGAGUGCGGUUGCACUUAUCACUUAUCGGUCCCUUGGGGAUAUUCUGAAUGGAUCCUUUUUUAGUAAUACAAGAGGAGCAGUGGAAGUGAAGAUGAACUCUCAUGUUGUGAGUGGCACCAUUGGUAUGAAGGAAAAAGUUUAUCUGUCUAAUCCUGUAUUCCUGACCUUCAAACAUACUCAGCCUGUUGGUGUCAGAGCAAAACAUUUGUGUGUCCACUGGGAAGGAUCGGAGGAGGGAGGCAGCUGGUCAACAGAGGGCUGCACUCAUGUGGCCAGCAAUGAUUCGUACACCAAAUGCAAGUGCUUCCACCUUUCCAGCUUUGCCGUCCUCAUGGCUCUUGCUCCUAAGGCAGAUGGCGCCCUGGCUGCGAUCACCUACGUGGGGCUGAGCUUGUCUCUGCUGUGCCUCCUCCUGGCGGCCCUCACCUUCCUCCUGUGCCGACCCAUCCAGAACACCGGCACCUCCCUCCACCUGCAGCUCUCCAUCUGCCUCUUCCUGGCUGACCUGGUCUUCCUCACGGGGUUUAAGCAAACUGAACCUAAGGUGCUGUGCGCCAUCAUCGCAGGUGUGCUUCACUACCUCUACCUGGCUGCCUUCACCUGGAUGUUCCUCGAAGGGCUGCACCUCUUCCUCACCGUCAGGAACCUCAGGGUGGCCAACUACACCAGCACAGGCAAAUUCAAGAAGAGGUUCAUGUACCCUUUGGGCUAUGGGAUUCCAGCUCUGAUUGUGGCUGUGUCUGCAUCAGUAGGACACAAAAAUUACGGAACACAUUCUCACUGCUGGCUCAAGCGUGAUGAAGGGCUCCUCUGGAGCUUCAUGGGGCCAGUGGCCAUCAUUAUCUUGAUAAACUUGAUAUUCUACUUCCAAAUUCUGUGGAUUUUGAGAAACAAACUUUCAUCCCUCAAUAAAGAAGUUUCCACCAUUCAGGACACCAGAGUCAUGACAUUUAAAGCCAUUGCUCAGCUGUUUAUCCUGGGCUGUCCUUGGGGCCUUGGGUAUUUUAUGGUUGAUGCAGUUGGGGAGACAGUCAGAUCAAUCAUUGCCUACUUGUUCACCAUCAUCAAUGUCCUGCAGGGGGUUUUUCUCUUUGUGGUAUACUGUCUCCUUAAUCGCCAGGUGCGAAUGGAAUACAAGAAGUGGUUUAGGAGGAUGCAGAAAGGGGCUGAAACCGAAACCACUGAGGUCUCUCACUCUACUACCCACACCAAAGUGGAGGAACUGGGGAAGUCAUCGGAAACCUUUCACAGAAGAAACAUGGUGUCUGUUCAUCCACAGCCUCGGACUCAUCUUGUCACUGUUUUGUGGCAAAGAACAGAAAACUGAGCUGCUUAUGGAUGGUGCCUCUCUAUAUAGGGUCAUGUAUGAAUUGGACAAAUGCCACCAUCUGUCAUCUUUCCUGUGAAAAUGAGUCCUGACUCAUUCCCCUAUUUUGGCUUCUAGCUCCAUAGAAAGAAAGGGGCACAUGGGAGACUUCUUAGACCUGGAUUCCGGUAUUGUAUGUCACAUGCAAUUAAUUUCUAGGAAUCCUUUUUUGUUUGUUUGUUUGUCUAUUUUUUCUUAGUCUCAGGUGUAUAAAACAAGAUAAUGAUUAGAUAUUUACAUACCUCACAAAGUGGUAACCCCAACAAG